CAUCACUGUCUUCAAUUCACUAACCAAAAGGUUUUGCUUUCUAUAAGUUCUCUCCUUCACCGCAACCAAACAAAAUAUUAUCAACUUUUUUUCUCUGAAAGAAACACUGAAAAUGCUGAAUCUAUGGACUUUUAUCUUCCUCUGCUUUCUCCAUCUCUCAUCCUUCAAUGUUGUGUUGGGCGGUGUCGGUGAUUCGUUGGUGUCGGAGAAUCCAUUUACUCCAAAAGCCUCGGUGAUUCGUUACUGGAACAAAGAGAUCCGCCGCGAAAUAACCAAAACCCAUUUUCUACUCUCCAAAGUUUCGCCGUUAACCGCCGUCGACUCGGCCAGUUUUUCAAAACUCGCCGCCCAAAACGACCUCGCUUCCCAUCUCCCUUCUUUUUGUUCCUCUGCCAAACUCUUUUGCUUCCCCGAUUUAUCUCCGAGUCUCGAGAAACACCCCAAAGAUGAAAGGUUUGCCGUCUACUCCAACAAGAAUUUCUCCAAUUACGGAACGGACCGACUCGCUGGAGUCGACUCGUUCAAGAACUACUCGGAAGACAGCAACAUCGUCGUCGACUCGUUCCACCGAUACAGUCGCGAUUCGACUGGGCACAAGGAACAAUUCGCCAAUUACGCCAGUGAGGGCAACGUCGUCGACCAGAACUUCCACUCCUAUGCGGCCUCCGCCACUGGCGGUUCCGGAAACUUCAACAACUACAACCGUGAAGUCAACAAUCCCAAUCUCCGUUUCUCUUCAUAUGGGGAUGACUCCAACGGGCAUGGGCAGACAUUCAAGCAGUACACAGAGAAUGCCAACGCCGGGAACGGGCAGUCAUUCUCGAGUUAUGGAAAAAACGGUAACGGCGUUCCUAACGACUUCAGUAGUUACGGAAAAGGAGCCAAUGUGAUAGGGUCAGGAUUUUCCGGUUAUGGAGAAGCAGCCAAUGGGGCGAAUGACAGUUUCACUUCCUACGGAUUCGACUCUAAUGCUCCACAAAAUACGUUCAAGAGUUACGGAGACGGCGGAAAUGCGGCGGUCAACACUUUCUCAAGCUAUCGCGAUCAAUCCAAUGUGGGUGACGAUUCUUUCCAAUCUUACGCCAAAAAUUCCAAUGGAGAGAAAGUCGAUUUUUCAAACUAUGGCCAAUCUUUCAAUGAAGGAACCGAUAAAUUCACGGGGUACGGCCAAGGAGCCGUGGGUCAAUCCAUUGGGUUCAAAAUCUAUGGAAGAAACAGCACUUUCAAGGAUUAUGCAAAAAAGGAGGGCAUCGUUUUCGGUAGAUACAACAGUGGCAGCUCCUCUGAAACUGCUCAAGUUAAGGGCGGUAGCAGUGCCGUGAAUAAAUGGGUGGAGCCGGGCAAAUUCUUCCGGGAAAAGUUGUUGAAGCAGGGAACCGUGAUGCCAAUGCCGGACAUUAAAGAUAAAAUGCCUGUAAGGUCAUUUUUGCCCCGGACUAUUGUUUCAAAAUUACCAUUUUCUUCCUCCAAGAUUGGUGAAUUGAAGCGGAUAUUCCACGCGGGGGAUAACUCCACACUGGAAACCGUAAUGCUGGACGCUUUGAAAGAGUGCGAGCGAGCGCCGAGCCCGGGCGAGACCAAGCGAUGCGUGGGGUCGGCGGAGGACAUGAUCGAUUUCGCCGCCUCGGUUCUGGGGAGGAACGUGGAGGUUCGCACGACGGAGAACGUAAAAGGGUCAAAGCAGAACAUAAAGAUCGGAAGCGUUAAAGGAAUCAACGGCGGGAAAGUAACGAAAUCGGUUUCUUGCCAUCAGAGUUUGUACCCGUAUUUGCUUUACUAUUGCCACUCGGUCCCCGAGGUCCGGGUCUAUGAAGCGGAUAUUCUGGAUCCGAAGUCACUGGAGAAGAUCAAUCAUGGUGUUGCCAUCUGUCAUUUGGACACAUCCAGUUGGAGUUCGAAUCAUGGAGCGUUCUUGGCAUUGGGUUCGGGUCCGGGUCGGAUCGAGGUGUGCCACUGGAUUUUCGAGAAUGACAUGACUUGGACCAUCUCUGAUUCUUAAACUAGAAAAGCUUCUGGAUGGGUAAAAUUUACUAAAUUUAGUUAAGAAGAAACCAUUGGCAAAGAUAACUUAUCCAUUGGUGAAACUAAGAAUUUGUCCAUUUUGUUUCUCUGUUAAUUUAAGAUUAUGGAAUGAAAUACACAAAUAUGAAUUAUUUUUUGUUA